UUAGUACAAGUCAGACAACGCACGGCAUAAGUUGUGCGUUUAUAAUUUCUAUAAUAAACUGGCAAGUACAAUAAACAUCUUAAUAAAACCCAUUUUCGUUGUAGUUACCGAACUAUCGCAAUAGAAUAAACACGAGCAAAUUUUAAAAUAAUAUUAAUCAAUUUUUUAAAUAGACUGUCAGUCAAAAAGUGUAAAAAUGAAUUCAGAGAUAACAAAUAAACCGAUCGGUCUAAAGUUAAGAGUGGUACAUUCUGUGCGUUUAGCGAUUGCAGCCGUGGCUAGGUUCUUCUUUACUUUAUAUUACGGCGCAGAAGGGGAGAAGUUACCUCCCAUAACAGAUGACAUCCUUAAGUUACCGGCUGUUGAAGUUGCUAAGAAAAUUAGACGAAAAGAGAUCUCUAGUGUGGAAGUUGUAGAAACAUGUAUUCGGCGUAUACGUGACAUUAACAGCGCACUCAACUGUUUUGUUGAGGAUCGUUUUAAUUUGGCUCUUAAAGAGGCCAAAGAGGCAGAUGACCUUGUCAGUAGUGGAACUAAAACAGAACAGCAACUAGCGCAAGACGUACCAUUUUUAGGCGUCCCUUUUACAACUAAAGACUGUAUUGGAGUAAAAGGACUACAUCUAACAGCAGGUGUGGUAUUACGGAAGGACACAAUCGCCGAGGAAGACGCUGACGUUAUAAAACUGUUACGUAACAAAGGUGCCAUCAUUAUUGGACUUACAAACGUUCCUGAACUUUGCAUGUGGUGGGAGACUCACAAUCAUAUACAUGGAAGGACCAAUAACCCCUACAAUACGACGCGGAUAGUUGGAGGUUCUUCAGGUGGCGAGGGAUGUAUUCAAGCAGCGGCUGGCAGUAUAUUUGGAAUCGGUUCCGACAUUGGGGGCUCCAUUAGAAUGCCAGCAUAUUUCAAUGGCAUUUUCGGACACAAGCCAUCCAGGAAUAUCGUUUCCAACUCAGGCCAAUAUCCCAUACCUCAGACAGAGCUGCUCAAUUCAUUUUUGGGUAUCGGUCCAAUGACAAGACAUGCAGUGGAUUUAAAGCCUCUUUUAAACAUAAUGGCUGGAGAUAACAGUAAGAAAUUAAAUUUAGAUGCUAAAGUCGAUGUUGGAAAAUUAAAGGUUUACUAUCAAUUCAGCAACGAUGCCCCAUUAACGGACCCCGUGGAUCCUGAGAUCAUCGCAGCCAUGAAGAAAGUCGUAGAGUUUUUAAACGUUAAACAUCAAAUGAAACCAGUAGAAAUAAAGAUACAACAACUAAGACAAUCUAUCGCUAUUUGGCUAGCGAAUAUGAAGAACGAGAAGAAAUUCGGAUAUUUUAUUAUGAAAAAUGAUAGCAUAUACUCAAUAUGCAAGGAGAUAUUUAAAAAUAUUAUCGGUUGUUCGGGAAACACAUUGAUAGCUCUAGUCACAGCACUAUUUGAUUAUAGUGGUCCUAAAAUUGGUGAUGACAAAUAUAACCAUUUCUUGAAAAAGCGUGAUGAAUUGGAACAAGUAUUUAAUGAUACGCUUGGUGAUGAUGGAGUACUUUUAUACCCAACCCAUCCAACCACAGCUCCGUACCACAAUGAGCCACUAUUUAGGCCGAUGAAUUUCUCAUACACAGCUAUCAUAAACUGUCUCGGAUUUCCAUCAACAACAGUACCUUUGGGACUGAGUAGGGACGGUCUGCCCAUUGGUAUUCAAGUAAUAGCAAAUCACAAUAAUGACAGAUUAUGUUUAGCUAUGGCUGAAGAGCUUGAUGCAGCAUUUGGAGGAUGGAGAGAACCUCAAAAGGCCUAAACAAUAAUUACAUUUAGGAAUAUGUCAGAUUAUUAUAAUAUUUACCUAUUUUUU